UACCGCAGGAAUAUCGUGUCUAUAGAUUAUUUUAGAAUAUUGAAUUGAACGUGCUGUCGUUAGUUGUUGUAAUUUCGCAAUACCGUAUUAAAAUGAUUAAUAGUUUGACGGCUAUUGACACAACAAUUUAAAAAAAAUAAACGCUUGAAAAGGAUAUUUAAAAGACUGAUCGAGGGAUUCGUGACGUAGGUGAAACGGAAAUAUGUCGGAACAUGGUUGUGCUCAUUACGCUGCCUUCGUAAAAGAGUUUGGACUAGACCCGUUCAGUUUUGUGCACGCCUAUUUUAGUGCGUGCAUUAACAAGGAUGCCCGUCGAAGAAAAGCGCUCUCCUGUUUGUGCCACAAAUGCGGAAGCUCUGGCCCACAACUGUAUUCCUGCUUACACUGCAUUUUCUUCGGAUGUAAGGGUGCCCACAUCAAUGAACACUGCAAACAUUCGAAGCAUUAUAUUGCCUUAGAAUUAUCCUAUGGUAUGAUAUAUUGCUAUCAGUGCAAAGAUUUUAUUUACGAUAGUGAAUGUCAGGCAAUUGCCGAAAAGCACAUCAAAAAAGAAGCUAAAAGUUUAAACAAAAGUCUUUCAUGGAGGCCAUGGUCCCCUUCAAAGUUAGAAAUAGAUUUGUUGCUGAAGAAUCCAAAACGUCGUCAUGUUACAGCUUUUACCAGUAUUGGAUUACGUGGUUUGCUAAAUUUAGGAUCGACUUGCUUCAUGAACUGUAUAGUACAGGCACUGAUCCAUACACCACUAUUAAGAGACUAUUUUUUGUCGGAAAGACAUGAAUGUCCAGCCAAAACGUCAGCGAAAUGCUUGGUAUGUGAAGUGUCCUGUUUAUUUCAGGAAUUUUAUUCUGGAGCUCGGGGACCUCUUUCAUUACACAGACUGCUGCAUUUAAUUUGGAAUCACGCCCGCCAUUUGGCCGGUUAUGAACAGCAAGAUGCUCAUGAAUUCUUCAUUGCAACACUUGACGUUCUUCAUCGGCAUUGCAAGAUUUCAAUGAACGAAAUGGCAGCGGAAAAAUCCAAACAUUCUCAACAGCAACCACAACAAGAUACUAAUCCGACGCAAUGCAACUGUAUUAUUGAUCAAAUUUUUACUGGCGGCUUGCAGAGCGAUGUGGUCUGUCAAGCGUGCAACGGCGUUUCUACUACUAUUGAUCCAUUCUGGGAUAUUUCGCUAGAUUUAGGAGAAGCUCAAAAUCAAGGUUAUGGAGGGCCUCCGAAGUCUUUAAUUGACUGUCUAGAAAGAUUCACUCGUGCCGAACACCUAGGGUCUAGUGCCAAAAUUAAAUGCUCCAGCUGCAAGAGUUAUCAGGAGUCUACGAAACAGCUUUCAAUGCGAACUCUGCCUAUCGUCGCUAGCUUCCACCUGAAGCGAUUUGAGCAUUCUAGUCUGAUUGACAAAAAGAUCUCCACCUUCAUCUCAUUCCCAUCGGAGCUGGAUAUGACACCGUUCAUGUCCAAGAAGAAAUCCGAACAGCUGUCUCCGUCAGCAUCGUCAUCUUCGGUAUUAAAGUCUUCUAAAUCGUCAGAUCGGAAGCACACUAGUAGCAGUUCAAUCAGCGAGGACGUUGCUGGUCCGUCUAACCAAGACAAUAGUGAUUUUCGCUAUUCGUUGUAUGCCGUCAUCAACCACGUGGGAACGCUGGACGCUGGUCACUACACGGCCUACGUGCGACAUCAAAAGGAUAUUUGGGUUAAAUGCGAUGACCACAUUAUUACUACUGCCACCCUGAAACAGGUUUUGGAUAGUGAGGGGUAUUUACUGUUCUACCACAAAAAGAUUCUAGAGUAUGAAUAAUUUAACGACAUAGUUUAAGUGAUAAUGUCCGAGACUGCAGCCGUUAUGUUCCGAACGCUAAAGUGGAAAGUGUGAUUGUCUGAAUUA